GUUUUGAUGUGUUUACUCACAGACCGCAUACCACAGUUUGAGAACCACUGGUAUAGUCCAUUUAUUCGAACACGGUUUGAAAACUACCGCGCACAGAACUUUAAAAAUUGUUAUUCAGAUCCUUUGUGCGCUUGCGCCGUGAAGUCCCGCUUCCCGCCUCUCCCCUCCUCACCCUCUACGCUCUCUCCUCUCAACCUGGCAGCCAGUGAGAACAAAUGCACAGAACUAGACUGUGCUCAUUAGCAGCUGCAGCAGAGGGUGGAAAGCGUCUGGAUGGUGGGUUGGAUGCUUUACAGCUGAAGUCCUCUAAAUACAAUGGAACUCUUCCCCUGAUCAGGGCAUAACGCCUGGAGGAGCCCACCGAAGGCAAACCAUUCGGUCUUUCUUACCACUCUUUUCCCAUUUUCUUGGCGUCUUCCCGGUACUAUUUGAAUAUUCAGAAAAGGCCCGGCCAUGUCUGCGGGAGAGAUCAAAGACAGUGUCAGCCUGCUACCCUGUUUCUAUUUUGUCGAGCUGCCAAUCCUGGUAUCAUCAAUGGUCAGUCUUUACUUCCUGGAGUGGACAGAUGUAUUCAAGCCAGUGAAGUUUGGCUUCACCUGCCAUGACCGUAGCCUGAACCUACCUUACGUUGACCCAAACCAUGAGGUCGUACCUCUGCUGAUGCUGUUUAGUCUCGUCUUUGCCGGACCCGCUAUCAUGAUCAUGAUUGGAGAAGCUGUUCUUUUCUGCUGUCAGUCUUGCAAGAAGUGUAGUGUGAGGGCAGAGGUCAACAUCAACGCCGCAGGAUGUAACUUUAACUCCUUCAUACGAAGAGCACUUCGCUUUAUUGGUGUUCAUGUGUUCGGUCUCUGUGCCACGGCUCUCAUUACGGACAUCCUCCAACUGAUGACAGGUCUCCCAACACCCUACUUUCUCACUGUAUGUAAACCUAACUACACCACACUGAACAUCACCUGUGAGCAAAAUCCAUAUGUCCUAGAAGAUAUCUGCGACGGGGAUGACCCAGCAGCAAUCAGCCAGGGCAGGAAAUCCUUUCCAUCACAGCACGCCACGCUUGCGUCCUUCGCUGCUGUGUACAUUUCGAUGUACUUCAACAGUACUCUAACAGACUCUUCCAAACUACUUAAACCCCUGCUGGUCUUCUUCUUCACCAUUUGUGCCCUUAUCUGUGGUUUGACAAGAAUCAUCCAGUACAAGAACCAUGCCAUCGACGUCUACCUGGGCUUUUUGCUUGGCGGAGGAAUUGCUGUCUACCUGGGUUUGUAUGCAGUCGGAAACUUCCAACCUAGUGAGGAGGUUAGCCACAAACCCCCUCCUAUACUACACACCAUCCCCUGUUCUUUGCCCCACAUAAGCAAAGAGGCUAUGUUUCACCUUAUGCAAAUAAAAGCCAAUAUGGCUGGGGAGCAUGGCAUACCCGCCUCCGAGGGUCAGCUUCUCCGUGGAUUUCAGAAGCAGAGGACGGACGUCCAUAACAACCAUUCUGGUGCAGAUGUGGACGGGAUCACCCUCUUCAGCCCCGCAACUAAGGAUGCUACUUUGACCUUCAGCCACACCCUUCCUCGUGUGCACACCUCUCAGGCCAUGGCGGCGUAUGAGGAAAAUGCCAGACGUCACGCCGCCACACUUCAUCAUCACUCGUCAAAGGAUUCCAGCCAUUCCAGACAGCUUCUUUCACAAUGGAAAAGCAAGAACAACAAAUGCCCUAUGCAGGUGACCGACUCCUUCUCUUCUUCUGUGGACUCAUCAUCCGGCCAGCAUCUGCACCACCAUGGCAGCAUGGAGUUCAGAUCCAGCUCCGAGCCAUCAGCUAUAGCUCCUAAUGGAGGAUUCGAAGGUCAUGCUUUUAUAUCCAACAUGGCAACAGGGUGUAGCACUACCCUGCCCAGCAACUGUAGCAGCAUAAUCGGAGGUGCCCGUAUGUCAAUGCAGUCCAGACCGGGAUCUUCACAGCUGGUUCACAUACCAGAGGAAUCUCAAGAUAACACGCACACUGGCUCUCUGAGGUCCGUGUCCCGUGGAGAAAAUGAGGAGGCAAACAGUACUGUUCAGGUGAACUGGAAACGAGCAAGAAAUACAACAGCCUGCGGUACUGGCGAAAAGGGAUCAAGAGUUAUGCAGGUAAAGCAGCAGGGUCUACUGCAGGCCCAGUCCAAGAGCUUGGAUGAAAGCAGCUUAGGCUGCAGCAACACUGCCAUCUGCAAAAGCUCUCAUCCCAACAGAACACUGAACGAUCAAGAACCCCCGAGCACUACAGAACCGAUGUCGUCAGGCAGCACAACAGGUAGUAUUUCAGGAGCGAUUGUCAGAGUUAAGGCCCAUCCUGAAAUGGAACAACUGUCGAUCCAACCUACGUCAACGGAUUGCGGCGGUUCAUGGAGAUGGCAGUCUCUCGACAGCAGUACUGAAACCACUGGCGGUGAAGUAUCCGGUCAAACAGAAGGAACUGGGAGUUUAAAUUUAAAGCGGUCGUUACAGUUUAACAAUCUAAACAGAGACUUGGAAAGCUCCGAUUUGAUGUGCCAAGGAUCAGCUAACACAAAGCGUGCUAAUAAUGUUGUGUCCCCCACCCCCAUUUUUAGCAACCCACCCACAAUUACUGUUUAUACUGAGAACAGGGGCCAGUCAGAUCAUGGGUUUCAAACCCAGCACUUAUCAACUAUAAGAGUCAGUACAGGGGAUGGCAGUAGUUCCGGUAAUGGUGGUGGUGGUAGCGAAGGGGCCGGGGGAAGCCUGUCGGAAACCCUCUCAAUUGGCUCUAGUCAUGAGUCGUCGCUGCGCAGAAAAGGAAACAUCAUCCUAAUUCCGGAGAGAGCCAAGAGCCCAGAUAACGCCCGCAAUAUUUUCUACAAAGGAACAUCAAUGACACCUGUCUUCAAGGAUUGAUUCGUCGUCGAGAUUUUGAAGAAAGACUCGUCCAAAAGCUAAGCAACACACUUUCAAGAGAACCCAACAACUGUGAAACCAGUCGGUAUUAUCCGUAAUUGUACAUACGGUGUUCACGCCAUGUCGUUCGGCAUGACGUUUUGAAGACGUUUACACUAAAGCACAUCCUUCUUAGUAUUGUUAAGUGUAAUAAUGGUAAUAAUCACUGUGUAUUGUUGUGAUCACUUUUUCAAAAUAUUGUUAUGUUAUUACCGUACCAGUAAUUUCAGGACAAGAGGACAUUUUUUCUCUGUAUGUUUUAAUAAAAAAAAACAACUGAGUAGCACAUAACAACCAAACUGUAAAAAAAAAAAAGAAAAUAGAAAAAAACAACUCCAAAAUAAUUGUAUUUAAGCUGUGAAAUACCUUGCUGACAUACCUUGCUACACCAGAAAAUACCACUACCUAUACGGGUUGAUAAUUUAAGUGAACAUAGAAUUUUACAAAAAGUGAAAAAAAAUGUACUAAUAUAAUAUGACAGAGAGUUUUGUAACUUAUCUAUUUUCUGUACAGAUACGCAUAUCCAACACCCUUUUCAGCCGUAAGUGUUCUUAGCAUCUGUUAUGUAGCUACAAAGUCAAAUAUGCUGUGACAUGCACUAAAAUACGUGUUUACUUUUGUAUAAUACAAACUUUUUUGCAUACUAUUCUCUUGUACUCAAAAACUGAAUAUCCAAGUCUCAUAUCGCCAACACCAAAUGUAGCAAUAUUCUUAUUUAUAAUAUUAAGAUACGCAUUUUCAGAGUGUGUAGAGCAAUGCUUGGCUUACACUAUGCUUAAAUAUUAUUUUAGUAGAUGUCCACAAAACUCUUUGACCACAGUUGUCUCUGUAAUUACCACUUACUUUGUAAGUCAUUUUACGUUUAAAAUGUGGGUCUUCCCAUUAGCAUUUUGGGCUGUUGGCUGACAGUUUUUAAGUAUCGGCAAAUCUAGUGACUUUUUGUCCUGAUAUGUCCGUUUUUUUCAAUGUUCAAUAACACACGGAUGCAUUUUGUAAAUAUAAAGAAAAAAAAGUGAUGCAUCAUGUUUCGUGUUCUUUUAAUUACUGCAGCAUGUUUUUUGUUUUUUUUUUCGCAAAUGCAAUUUGAAUUUAAAAAUGUGCCAUUUAAACCAGGAAAUAUUUUAUUUAUCCUUGGAGAUACACUCCAGGUAUUGCGAGUGCCACGUGUAUUAACUUUGAGAACCUGAUUUUCAGUGUGUCUAUGUCUACCCGUAUUCGGUCCAUUUUCAUAGGUAUUUCUAAACCAACAUACUUUGUUUUUGUUAAGUGUUUGGUUUUGGUUUGUUUGUAAAAAGAAAACCAUGAAAUGUUUUAGUCUUAUGAUUUAGACUAAGCUGAGGAUGGUUGAGUAGGAAUCAUGAAAAAUGUUUUUAUUGUUGGCUGUUGAUCAUCACUUUUUUACUGUUGCUUUACUCUUCCCAUUACGAAAAUAGUCCUACUAAUCCAGCAUGAGACCAUCAUCCAACUGUUUGGGCAAAGGAAUAUACGUAGUUUAGUUGUACAAGUCCUGACAACCUGGAGGAAACAUUAACACCAAAAUAUUUCUUAGUCUAAGGGUGCAGAAGUGUCACAUGCGGACAUCGACAUGGCAGGAAGCAGGCAGGACCCAAAUGCAGUACUAGUGUAGGUAGUUAAUUUGAAGGUUCUAAAUUCCAAAAACCAGGACUGAAGCAUACACAAAGUCGAGCAGAGCUGAGAACAGAAAGAGAGUUGAGCACAGCAACAGACUUGCUCGGGAACAAACUAGAAAACAGCUACAACAAAAAACUCGACCCAACGCAGACAUGACAGAAAAGUAUAUCAUCAUCGGCAUAAAGAUUUAUUUUAUGCUUAAGUUCCUUUCAGUGUAUCCCUUUUUGUUUUUAUUUUGCCGAAUACCAGCUUGGGGCUAAUAAGAAUAAAGUAAAGAGUGAAGGCAGUUCUGCCUUCUCACCCUCAACAGGUUGAAUUGUUUUAUGUUCUAACAGAAGAGCAAAGUGAAUUAUAGAUUUUUUUUUUUUAACCAAUAAAUAUUUACCAAAUCAGAAUUUGUGAAGUGAGGCAAGAGAAACUUGAAAUGAACCCUGCCGAAUGCUUUUUUUAAGUGUAAAAAAGACUAUUAACCAGUUAAGGUUGUAAGUGUUGUAAUUGUAUUGUCUAUGAAAAACAGUGAGUCCCGUGUGAUGCUAGAUGAAUUUCUGAUCUGGGUGUAUUAUACAAGUAGUGGAUCCUUUCAAUCCUCCCGGGUAAGGCUUUGCAAUUUAUUUUUAGAUAUGCAUUCAUUUAUUCAAGUGAUAUACAGUAGGUCGUAGCUAGAUGGCAACGUGGGGUCCUUUUCUGCUUUAAGUUGAGGCAAACUUUAGCUGAAUUGAUGUUAUGUUGCAAAAAUAUAGCCGCAGGUUUGCCGGAGAUGGAGACAGAAAACGGAAAAGAGAUGCAGAAAAACUGCAUGAUUAAACAGGACUCUUUCGGGCCAAAAUUUAUAAUUGGUUUGUAGUGGCAUCAAUUUCUGUGGUUAAUAAUUAAUUAAAUAAGUUAGUGGCGGCGGUGGUGGCUAUCCUGCGAAAAAGCUGGAAUGCUAAACUGCCUAACAUAAAAGUGUUACAUUCACUAAAUUCACAAUAUAUUAGAAAUUUUCACCUUAGGUAGAUAUCUCACCAUAAAAAUAUUUACAUAAUGCACAAAUAAUUAAAAAAAAACAAAACAGUAAAGGAAUAAGCGCACACCCAAAAUGUUUGUGUCAGUGUAUGCUAUCAUGGUUUGAUAUAAUGCAAAAUAAUUCAAAGUACAGGGUGAGUUCCAUUCCCAUGGCAUGAUCUAACUUGUUUUUUUUUUUUUUCCGUAUGCCGGAACUCACAUACUGUUCAUUAGUACCUAAUCAAGGAUGUAAAAAAAAUCAGAAGAGUUUGACUUACACUUGGGAGCCAUAAUAAAGGGCAAAAAUUCCCCCCAAAAAACGAAAGAAAGCAAAUGUAGCUGAAGCCAAUGUAUGGCUUACAAACGACCAAUAUAAACAAAGGCAUCGUCUGCGUAGAGGGACACAGGAAGAUGUAUUCGUCCACUGUGCUUGCCAACUAGUUUUUGUUUAUACUAGUUGGCAAGUUUCAAUGCUAUCUUUAUCGGAAUGAUGGAACAAGACUGUCUUAAUAAAUUCAUGUGAGAUUGCGACGUAACCACAAAGUGCCAAAGAUCGAGGACCCCCUGUAUGCCAUUUGCAUGUACCAGUGAUCUACAAUAUGUAAAAAAUGUAUCACGGAAAAUGUAUAUAAUGCAGGCAACGUAAGAAAGUUCAAAUAAUCUGGUAUACAAUCUAGAUCUAAAUAAGGCUACUGUAAGUUACCAGUAAAGGUACUAGGUGGUAAACAAACUAGCAAAGUUUGCAAAGUUACGCCAAUCACAUGUCUAUUCUAUGUUUAUCUAUUUUUCUUCUCCCUCAAAUGCAUUGUCAAUCAUAGUAUGACAAACACUGCUUUAAGAUUCAUCACUUUGGUGGAGUAUGUUUUUUAUGGAAUAAAAAUAAAUUACACUUUUUUGAAGUAUUCAAUGUGUCAACUUACUGAUUAACACUCAUAACAUGGCUGUAUUGAUUUAAAGGCAACGCACAUGUUUGUACACACAUUUAAGGGAGCCCAAUGAUUGUAUGUGGUGGACCAGUACGGGCCAAAAUACCAGGGCCAAUUUCUUUUUUUGUCCAUACCUAGUUGGUUUCUAUAGAGACAAGACAAGGAGGGUCUUACUUGAAGUCUUACUUCAAAUAUAGUGAUGGCAUCAGUCUCCCGAUCCCACACUGGCAGGUGGUUUCUAGAGGUGUGGAACCUCUCGAACCUCUCGAACUAGUACAGGCAUGGGCAAACUAACGCCUGGGAUGCGGCCCAUUUAGCUUUUUAA